AUGGGAAGAUUUUUCUCUGGUUUGGCCCAGUCAGGAGCUUGGUGCUGUUUUGAUGAGUUCAAUCGUAUUGACAUUGAAGUGUUGUCUGUCAUUGCUCAACAGCUUAUCACCAUCAGGAAUGCUAAGGCAUCCAAGCUUUCAAGAUUCAUGUUUGAGGGUCGAGAAAUCAAGCUAGUAAUGUCAUGUGCUGCCUUUAUCACAAUGAACCCUGGGUAUGCAGGACGUACUGAGCUCCCAGACAACUUGAAGGCUCUCUUUAGACCAAUAUCUAUGAUGGUGCCUGAUUAUAGACUUAUUGCUGAGGUGAUCCUGUACUCUGAAGGUUUUGAGGAUUCUAAGAAUCUAGCCCAGAAAAUGACCCAGAUGUACAAGUUGUGCAGUGAACAGCUAUCACAACAGGAUCAUUAUGAUUUCGGUAUGCGAGCUGUGAAGUCUGUGCUGGUCAUGGCAGGAUCAUUGAAGAGAGAGAACCCUGACAAGAGUGAAGAUGUUGUGCUCAUCAGAGCUCUGAGAGACAGUAACUUACCCAAGUUCUUGGCAGAUGAUGCUAUACUCUUCCAAGCUAUUCUACAGGAUCUAUUCCCCUCUGUUGUCAUCCCAGAGCAUGACUAUGGUAUCCUCCAAGAGGAGAUUAUUGCAGUUAUGGAGGACAAGGGACUGCAACCUGAGCCAUGUAUUAUCAAGAAGACCAUUCAGCUGUAUGAAACUAUGGUUGUCAGGCACGGUGUCAUGUUGGUAGGGCCCACUGGGGGUGGCAAGACAACCACCUAUGAGAUCCUUGGUAAAGUCUGUGAUAACCUACACGAGAAGGGAAUCGAACACCCAAACAACUUCUAUGUCCCCACCCACAAGUUUGUUCUCAACCCCAAGUCUAUUACUAUGGAUGAACUGUACGGAGGCAUCAAUAAGCUCACCCUGGAGUGGAGUGAUGGCCUCAUGGCUCUCACUGUCAGAAGAUGUGUACAGGACACAACAGAGGACCACCAGUGGGUGAUAUGUGAUGGUCCUGUAGAUGCAUUGUGGAUUGAGAACAUGAACACAGUACUGGAUGACAACAAGAUGUUGUGUCUUGCCAACAGUGAGAGAAUCAAGCUGACCAACUUCAUACACAUGUUGUUUGAGGUUCAGGACCUGGCUGUAGCUUCCCCAGCUACUGUCAGCAGAUGCGGUAUGGUGUACAUCGACCCUGGAGAGUUGAAGUGGAUGCCAUAUGUGAAAACCUGGUUUGCUACAGUCUCAGACAAAUACAGAGAACCAGAGACAAGAGAAUACAUCUUGGAGCUUUUCUCUAAAUAUGUUGAUGCUGGGCUUAAGUUUAUCAACAAGAAAUGCACACAAGCAAUAAACCAGGUUGACAUAAGUAAGGUGACAACCCUGUGUAAGAUGUUUGAAGUGUUGACCACAUACAGUGGUGGCCCAGAUCUCCGCAUGGACCCAGCCAAACUGCAUCCAUUGCUAUGUACAACAUUUGUGUUCUGUUAUCUGUGGUCACUUGGAGGCAAUAUUAUUGAGUCUAACUGGGACUCCUUUGAUACAUUCAUCAGGGGGCUGUUUGAUGACAAUGGUGAUGCUAAGAUGCCACAACAAGGUGACCUAUGGAGCUGUUACAUUGACUUUGAGACAAGACGUUUCGAUUUAUGGGAGAAAAUAGUCCCUACAUUCAAGUUCAAUAUUGAGGUCCCCUUCUUUGAGAUGGUGGUACCAACUGUUGAUACUGUCAGAUAUGGUUACCUGUUUGAGAAGAUGCUGGCCAUUAACCACUCUGUGCUGUUCACUGGAAACACUGGAGUAGGAAAGUCUGUGAUAGCGAGACAGCACAUACAAAACAUAGCAGAUCGUCAGGGUUAUGUUCCAGUUUUCAUCAAUUUCUCAGCUCAGACCAGCAGUCAAAGAACUCAAGAGAUGAUUGAAGGGAAACUGGAAAAACGAAGAAAGAAUGUUAUAGGUGCCCCAAUAGGGAAGCGUGUAGUGAUCUUCGUUGAUGACUUGAACAUGCCCAAGUUGGACACCUAUGGCUCCCAGCCCCCUAUAGAAUUACUAAGACAGUACCAAGACUUUGGUGGCAUGUAUGACAGAGAAAAGAUGUAUUUCAAACAUCUUGAGGACGUCAUUAUAUCUGCUGCAUGUGCUCCCCCUGGUGGUGGCCGUAACCCUAUAACACCAAGAUUUGUCCGGCAUUUCUCCAUGUUGACUAUUCCUUCACCCUCUGAGCAUAACUUGAAGCACAUGUUCAUGGCAAUAAUGACAGGGUUCCUCGUUGAUUUCCCUCAUUCUGUCCGACAAUGUGCUGAACCAAUCGUAUCAGCCGCUGUUGAGAUAUAUUUCAGAAUCAGUACAGACCUCCUCCCGACACCUGCUAAAUCUCACUAUGUGUUCAACUUGAGGGAUCUCUCUAAGGUGAUCCAAGGAAUGCUACAGGCUGAUGUAGGUGUCAUUAGAGACAACAAACAGAUGUUUAGGUUGUUCUGCCAUGAGGCUCAACGUGUGUUUCACGACAGAUUAAUCAACCAUGAAGACAAGUUCUACUUCCAUCAGAUCAUGGCUGAAAUGGCUGGGAAACAUUUCUCAGAGAACAUAGAGGCAGAUAGCUUUGUGAAGACCCCUAUAUUGUUUGGAGAUUUCCUGAAGAUUGGAGCAGAAGGAGAUGACAAAGUAUAUGAGGAAUUCGCUAACAUAGAGAAACUACAGGGUGUUCUCCAAGAUUAUCUUGAUGACUUCAACCUGAGCUCCCAGAAAGAGAUGAAGCUUGUAUUUUUCAUGGAUGCUGUUGAGCACAUUACACGUAUCACACGUAUGAUAACCCAGCAGCGAGGUAACGCCCUCCUUGUGGGGGUAGGAGGCUGCGGCAAACAGUCACUCACCAGAUUGGCCUCUCACAUCUGUGGCUACAAGUGUUUCCAAAUAGAGCUGAGUAGAGGCUAUGGUUACACAGAGUUCCAUGAUGACUUGAAGAAGUUGUAUGACAUUGCUGGAGGACAGAACCAGAACACUGUCUUCCUCUUUACUGACACGCAGAUUGUGGUAGAGGAAUUCCUUGAGGACAUCAACAACAUAUUGAACUCCGGUGAAGUCCCAAAUCUCUUUGAGCCUGAUGAAUAUGAACGUCUGAUCAUAGCAUGUCGUCCAGGGGCCAAGGAGGCAGGGAUCCCUGAGGGUAACAGAGAUGCAAUCUUUGAAUUCUGCAUCAACAGAGUCAGAAACAAUCUCCACAUAGUGUUGUGCAUGAGUCCAGUGGGAAGUGCAUUCAGGUCUAGGUGUCGUAUGUUCCCCUCCCUUGUGAACUGUUGUACAAUAGAUUGGUUCACUGAGUGGCCAAAGGAGGCUUUACACAGUGUUUCCAAGACUGCAUUCUUGGAGGUCAACCUUGGAACUGAUGAAAUGAAGAGUCGUGUAGCAGAGAUGUGUGUUGAUAUCCACACUAGUGUUAGUGAGAUGGCUGAGAGGUUCUAUAAUGCUUUGAAGAGACGAUAUUACACUACACCCACCAGCUACCUUGAACUUAUCACAUUAUACCUAGGGAUGCUAAGUGACAAAAAGAGGCAACUAACUGCAGCAAGAGACCGUGUAGCCAAUGGUCUCCUGAAGAUCAACGAGACAAAUGAACUGGUCAAGAAAAUGGAUGUUGAACUGGUAGCACUACAGCCAGAGUUGAAGAAGAAAUCUGCAGCAACUGAGGAGUUGAUGGAAAAACUUUCUGUUGACCAGGAGAAGGCUGAUGCUGUACGAAAAGUAGUCAUGGAAGAUGAAGCUGUUGCCAAAGUGAAAGCCGAGGAGACUCAAGCAAUUGCAGAUGAUGCCCAGCGUGACUUGGAUGAAGCCCUCCCUGCGCUAGAAGCUGCUGUAAAAGCCCUGGAUGCCCUGGACAAAUCAGAUAUUUCUGAGAUCAGGGUGUUUACUACACCCCCACAAAUGGUACAGACUGUCAUGGAGGCUGUAUGCCUCCUACUUGGACAAAAGAGUGAUUGGGCUAGCGCUAAAGUUGUCCUUGGAGACUCUAAAUUUUUGGAAAAGUUAUAUAACUAUGAUAAGGACCACAUUCCUGAUAAAAUGGUAAAAGCUCUUAAAAAAUACAUAGACAAUCCUAAGUUUGUCCCAGAUGAAGUUGCCAAGGUCUCUAAAGCCUGUAAGUCUAUGUGCAUGUGGGUACGUGCCAUGGAUGUAUAUGCACGUGUUUUCAAAACUGUCGAGCCCAAGAAAGCCAAACUAGCUGCUGCACAAUCAGAGCUUGAACAGACAAUGAAACUAUUGAAAGAGAAACAGGAGAAACUUGCAUCUGUUGAAGCUAAGAUUGCUGAGUUGCAAAAAUCAUAUGAUGACAGUGUUGCCGAAAAGCAGUCAUUGGAGAAAAAUAUAAAUUUGACACAAGCCAGAUUGAAGCGUGCUGGGAAAUUGACAUCCUCCUUGGCCGAUGAGAAAUUGCGAUGGGAAGAAAAUGUCAAGGAAUUUAAUGCCCAGAUAGGAAAUGUUAUUGGUAAUGUGUUUGUGUCUGCUGCCUGUGUAGCUUAUUAUGGCGCCUUUACCAGCACAUAUCGGGCAGAAUUAGUACAACAUUGGACCAGUAGAUGUCAGGAGCUGGAGAUUCCUGUCAGUGAUGACAUGACAUUGAUUAGUGUCCUAGCUGAUCCAUUUGAGAUCCGACAAUGGAAUGUAGACGGUUUACCCAGAGAUCAGCUAUCUAUUGAAAAUGCGAUUCUUGUGACAAAAGGUCGACGUUGGCCACUCAUGAUUGACCCUCAGGAACAGGCUAACAGAUGGAUUAGGAAUAGAGAGAUGCGUAAUGGUCUGAAGAUUAUCAAGCUGACAGAUGGUAACUUCCUGAGAACACUUGAGAACUGCAUUAGGAUUGGAAUGCCUGUGUUGCUAGAAGAUAUAGGAGAGUUCCUUGACCCAUCCCUCGAGCCUGUACUCCUAAAACAAACAUUCAUGUCUGGAGGUCGCCUGUUGAUAAGACUGGGAGAUAGUGACAUUGAGUAUGACAAGAACUUCAGAUUUUAUAUGACCAGCAAAAUGGCCAAUCCCCACUACCUGCCUGAGGUGUGCAUCAAGGUGACAAUCAUCAACUUUACUGUCACAAAGACUGGACUUGAAGACCAGUUGCUCAGUGAUGUUGUGAGUCUAGAAAGGCCAGAUCUUGAGGAGCAGAGAAGCAAACUGAUUGUUGCCAUUAAUGCUGACAAGAACCAACUCAAAGCUAUAGAGGACCGCAUUUUAAAACUCCUCUUUGAAUCUGAAGGAAAUAUCUUGGAUAAUGAAGAGCUGAUAAGUACACUGAAUGACUCUAAAGUGACUUCUAGUGUCAUCAACAAACGUUUGGCAGAGGCUGAAGUAACUGAGGAGAAGAUCGCAACUGCACGUGAGAAGUACCGUCUUGUAGCCACACGUGGCUCUGUCAUGUACUUUGUGGUAGCAGAUAUGGGAGAAGUUGACCCCAUGUACCAGUUCUCACUGAAAUACUUCAAGAAUCUCUUCAAUAAUACAAUUGAGGCUAGCGAGAAAUCUGACGAUCUCAUGAAAAGAUUAAACAUUUGUUUGGAUGCUACAACUAUUGCAGUGUACCAGAAUGUUGCGAGAGGAUUAUUUGAGAGACAUAAACUGAUUUAUUCGUUCCUAAUGUGUGUAGAGAUAAUGAAACAAGCUGGGAAGAUAACUGAUGACGAGUGGAAUUUCUUCCUGAGAGGUGCAGCUGGUAUGGACAAGGAUCGUCCACCCAAGCCAGACGAGGCUUGGCUUACACAGCCCCAGUGGAAUCUAAUCUGUGAUUUAGAGGACAAUUUAAAAUGCUUCAAAGGCAUCAGAAAGGACAUAACAGCCACACCUGUAUGGUGUAAGAUUGGACAAGUUGAGAUCCAUGGUAAUCCAGAUGAGUCUCCCAAUUAUGGUCCCCUACCCCCAGAACCCACUCCCCCUGAGCCACCCAAGGAGGGUGAGGAGCCAAAGAAAGAGCAGGACGAUGGAAAGGUCAAAGGUCAUUGGGAUAAACGCCUGACAUCUUUCCAGAAGCUUAUCAUGAUUAAAAACUUUAAAGAAGAAAAGGUGACAUUUGCUGUAACUGAGUUUGUACGUGAAAAUCUUGGUCAGCAGUUUGUUGAGAGUCCUGAUACAUCCCUACAGACACUCUACGCAGACAUGAACAAAGUGACUCCUCUGGUGUUUGUUCUGAGUACAGGCUCUGACCCCAUGGGAGCCUUCCUGAGGUUUGCCAAAGAGAUGGGUUUCUCAGAGAGGACCCAAGCAAUAUCUUUAGGUCAAGGACAGGGGCCUGUUGCUGAAAAGCUUAUAGCAUCUGCUAUUAAGAAUGGAGAAUGGGUCUUCUUACAGAACUGUCAUUUGGCAGCUUCAUGGAUGUUGGCAAUGGAGAACCUUGUCAAAGAAAUAUCAGAAGACCCAAAAGAAAUCCAUGAUGAGUACCGCCUCUUCCUCAGCUCAAUGCCUGCCAAGUCAUUCCCUGUUAGUGUCCUUCAGAACAGUGUGAAGGUCACCAAUGAGCCCCCUAAGGGCCUGAGAGCCAACACCAGGAGAGCAUUCACAGAGAUCACCCCUACCUACUUUGAAGAGAAUAUUCUGGGCAUCAACUGGAGGAAGAUUGUAUUUGGAAUAUGUUUCUUCCAUGCUAUUAUUCAAGAGAGGAAGAAGUUUGGACCACUAGGAUGGAAUAUUAAGUAUGAGUUCAGUGACAGUGAUAGAGAGUGUGCAUUGAUGAACCUACAGAUGUUCUGUGCUGAUGGGGAGAUACCCUGGGAUUCUCUUAUAUACAUCACUGGAGAGAUCACAUAUGGUGGGCGUGUAACUGACUCUUGGGAUCAGCGAUGUCUAAGAACUGUGUUGAGACGAUUCUUCAAGCCAGAAACUGUAGAAGAUGGUUAUCUGUACUCUGAAUCAGGAACUUAUUAUGCACCUGUGCUAGACACACUGGCAGAGUACUGCAAGUAUAUUGAGGGACUGCCCAUCAUUGAUGAUCCUGAGAUCUUUGGCAUGCAUGAAAAUGCCAACAUUGCAUUCCAGACUGAAGAAACAAACACAAUGAUAACUACAAUCUUAGAUGUGCAGCCCAGGAUGUCUAGUGGAGGCUCAGGGAAAUCUAAUGAUGAUAUAGUCUAUGAGUUAGCUGAUAGUAUCCUGGACAAACUAAUGGACAAGUUGGAUAUAGAUACUGGCUACCAAGACCAGUUUGAUCCUGACGAUCAAGGACGUGUCAACUCAAUCACUACAGUACUUACCCAAGAAAUCGACCGAUUUAAUAAACUCCUUGUUGUUAUUAAAAACUCAUUAGUCCAAUUGAAGAAGGCCAUUAAAGGUUUUGUAGUGAUGAGUGAGGAACUGGAAAGUAUCUACACAGCAUUCUUGAACAGCCAAGUACCCGAUCUAUGGUCCAGUGCUGCCUACCCCUCCCUAAAGCCCCUGGGCAGUUGGGUGAAAGACCUUAUACUUAGACUGGCCUUUAUUGAUCACUGGUUGAAACAUGGACCUCCAAAGUCUUUCUGGCUCUCUGGUUUCUUCUACACUCAAGGAUUCUUGACUGGAACUCUACAGGUUCAUGCCAGGCAAUAUAACCUACCUAUAGAUCAUUUGAGUUUCCACUUCCAUCCUAUGCCACAUUUCCGAGAACAAGAGGCAGUGGCUGAGCAAUUGGCUGCACUAUCAUUUGGAGAAGAAAUGGAAAUGGAUAAAGAGGUUGACAAGCCAAAGGAUGGUGUACUUAUUCAUGGUUUAUUCAUGGAUGGGUUCCGCUGGGACAGUGAGAAUAAUGUAGUGAUUGACUCACUAAAGGGAGAGAUGACAUCCAAGCUACCAAUGUUACAUAUGGAACCUGCCAUGGACUUCGAACCUCCAGCUGAGGAUUACAUAGCACCCUUGUAUAAGACCAGUCUCAGGGCUGGCACUCUAUCAACUACUGGUCACUCUACAAACUUCGUAGUUGCAGUCCACUUACCGUCCAAAGAACCUCAGGAUUACUGGAUAUCUAAGGGUUCUGCCUUACUCACUGCAUUAAGUGAAUAGACAACACAACGUACAAUCACACAUUGCAUCAAACAAUCUACAAAUGAUCUACAGUCACCGGUUUAACACUAAAAUGUAUAAAUAUUUGGAUUAUUGUAUGAGGGACUUUCAUAUCGUACUAAUAAUGUACGAGGGUGAUUCAUAAGAAGGGAGAUGUAAUGUAGCUUCACUUAUAAUUCUUGCUCCAAAUGGGUUCACGCAUGAUUUAAGUAUCCAGGAAUCCUAAUAGAGAGAAUUCUCGAUUGUGGUCUGCUUUGAUUGUAUGCAUUGUGAUUCUAUUUUGUCAUUUGUAAGUUCACCUAUUGUAGUGAAGUUUGCAUGUAAAUAUAGGACAAUCAAACAAACUGUGUACAUAGUGUAAUAUAUACAGUAUAGGAAAAACUAUUUUUAUGUAUCUUUCUUUGAUAUAUAUUAUAACUUAUCUACUAUCUAUACAUUUAUUGUAUAUUUUAAAGUUGUUGCACUCAAAAAUAAUGUUAUUUUGCAUCUUUUUAAUAUAUUUUCAUUCCAUCCAUAUUUUUCCGUCCAACAAUUUUAUCGUUUAGAGAUAAAACAUGAUUAACAGUACUCUGUUUUUGAAGUAUUAUUAGAAUAUCUGCUGAGUAUUUUUAUGUCUAUUAAAAUGUUAUAAUAGAUUUAUUGAUGCAGACUGUGAUAAUUUUGUACAUAAAAUGAGUGAUAUUUCUAACAUUGAACUUGUAAAUAAGUGAACAUUUCCAUAUGGAAGUAUUAUAUUUCAUAUGGUAGUAUAAUGUACCACAAUAUUGCACAAAAAUCCGUCCAGAUUGUAUAAACUUGUGUAAAAAUAUUGCUGAAAUAAAGUUGUGCUAUAAAAGUA